AUGCCCCUCGACGCAGUGGCCGAAGGGCAACAUUAUUCUUUUCCAACGGAGGAGCUCAAGGUUCUGAAACUGUGGGAAGAAAUCGACGCAUUCGGUCAACAGUUGAAACGCACUGAAGGCAGGCCUGAGUUUGUUUUCUACGAUGGACCACCCUUUGCCACUGGACUCCCACACUACGGCCACCUGUUGGCAGGUACUAUUAAGGACAUUGUCACUAGAUUUGCUUCCACGACGGGGAAACAUGUGGUGAGACGUUUCGGCUGGGAUUGCCACGGUUUACCCGUUGAACAUGAAAUUGACAAGAAGCUCAAGAUUAAAGGCAAAGCCGACGUCCUCGAACUGGGAAUAGCAAACUACAAUGAAGAGUGUAGACGCAUCGUCCUCAGAUACUCAGCGGAAUGGAAGAAAACUGUCACAAGGAUUGGCCGAUGGAUAGACUUCGAGAAUGAUUACAAGACCAUGGAUCCCGAGUUCAUGGAGAGUAUUUGGUGGGUCUUUAAGACCUUACAUGAAAAGAAUUUGGUGUACAAAGGCUUCAAAGUCAUGCCAUAUUCAACCGCAUGCAACACACCGCUGUCGAAUUUCGAGGCCGGUUUAGAUUACAGAGAUGUGUCCGAUCCCGCAGUGACGGUAUCUUUUCCAAUUAUCGACUGCGAUCUGAAAGCGUCACUUGUGGCUUGGACCACAACUCCAUGGACCCUUCCCUCGAAUAUGGCGCUUUGUGUCAAUCCAGAACUGAAGUACGUGUACGUGCAAGAUCCAAAAGGUAGCAUCCUCGUUGUGGCAGAAACACGCCUCGAAAGCUUGCCAGGCGCAAUGAAGAAAGGUAAGGGAAAAGUGAAAACACUCAGCGAUGACUGGACGAUCAUAAAGACGGUUGAGGGUCGAGCUCUAGCUGGUCUAAGAUAUGAACCUAUAUUCGAUUGGUUCAAGGUUUCUUAUAGUGCCCAUGCAUUCAAGGUGUGUGCUGAUAGCUACGUGACAAGCGAUUCAGGCACAGGAGUCGUUCACCAGGCCCCCGCAUACGGAGAGGACGAUUAUCGGGUGUGCAUCAAUAACAGCAUUAUUCGUAAAGGUGACGCUAUUCCGGAUCCGGUGGACGCCAACGGUUGUUUUAUGGAGCCAGCCACCCCAUCAUACGUUGGAAGAUACAUCAAAGAAGUGGACAAGCUCUUGAUACAGGAGGUAAAAGACUGUGGACGACUGGUUGAUAACUCAAGGAUUGUGCACUCCUAUCCUUUCUGCUGGCGAUCACAGACUCCUCUGAUAUACAGGGCCAUUGCCUCUUUUUUCGUCAAAGUGGAAGACGUAAAAGAACGUCUUGUUGCGAAUAAUCUGGAAACUCGAUGGGUUCCAUCGUAUGUACAAGAAAAACGCUUCCACAAUUGGCUAGAGAGCGCACAUGACUGGGCUAUAUCGCGAAAUAGAUACUGGGGAACGCCUAUACCCGUCUGGUCUUCCCCUGCUGGUGACGAAACCCUUGUGGUAGGUUCAAUUGCAGAGCUUGAGCGCCUUACUGGAACCACUGUCACAGAUUUGCAUCGCCAUUUUAUUGACGAUUUGGAAAUACCAUCACAACGCGGCCCAGAACAUCCGGCCCUACGAAGAGUCGAAGAUGUGUUCGACUGUUGGUUCGAGAGUGGCAGUAUGCCCUACGCUCAGCAACAUUAUCCGUUCGAACACAAGGACGAGUUUGAUGAAGCGUUUCCAGCAGAUUUUGUUGCAGAAGGCCUCGAUCAGACCCGCGGAUGGUUCUACACACUCAUGGUGCUAUCAACAGCUUUGUUUGACAAACCAGCUUUCAAGAAUCUCAUCUGUAACGGUUUAGUUCUUGCUGCAGAUGGUAAAAAGAUGUCGAAGUCACUUAAGAAUUAUCCUGACCCGAACACUAUCUUGGACAAGUAUGGAGCAGACGCUCUGCGCCUAUACCUCAUAGAUAGUCCUGUCGUUCGAGCAGAGCCCCUUCGUUUCAAGGAAGACGGCGUGUUUGGCGUCUUAAAAGAUGUGUUUUUGCCAUGGUACAAUGCGUAUCGCUUUUUAGUACAGAAUGUGCUCGCGUUCGAGGAGACAUCAGGCACUUUCAUGCCAUCACAAGGCACCAAGUCAACGAAUGUUCUUGAUAUUUGGAUCACUUCGUCAACUAACUCUCUUGUCAAGUUCGUCACUGAAGAAAUGCAAGACUAUAAAUUAUAUACGGUAGUUCCGAAAUUGAUUUCAUUCAUAGAUCAAUUGACGAAUAUAUACGUGCGGUACAAUCGUGGAAGACUCAAAGGAAGGGCUGGUAUCGACGAAUCAUAUCUUGCUCUCAAUGUCCUAUUCCACGUCCUGUUAACGCUGUGCAAGACCAUGGCCCCUUUCACACCUUUCUUUGUGGAAAAUAUUUAUCAAAACUUACGACGAUGCUUGCCGGAAUCGGAAGAAAGCAUUCACUUCUGUGAGUUUCCACAAUACGAUGAAAAUUCGUCUCCACAAAUAGAGUCGUCUGUUGCAAAAAUGCAAGCGGUGAUAGAGACAGCACGUGCGAUGCGAGAACGAGUUGGCAAGCCGUUAAAGAUGCCCGUUUCGAAGAUGACUCUGAUAGACUCCGAUGCAGAAUUUCUUCAGGAUGUGCAGCAAGAACUACUCCUGUACAUAAAAGAUGAGUUAAAUGUUCGAUGUGUGCACGUCAGUCCAAACGUGACAGACUUCGCUGUGAUGAGAGCUGAGCCUAAUUUCUCAACAUUAGGCAAACGACUGGGUAGAUCUAUGAAGGAAGUCGCGGAAAAGGUAAAAGAAUGGACCCAGGAAGAGAUUGUUUCUUUUCAAAACACGCACACGGCGUUUGUUGCCGGCAGUGAACUGCUUGCUUCAGAUAUCACCAUCAAGUAUGAUUUCAAAUGUGACGAUGAUUCCAGUCUGGCGUACGCGACAGUAGGCGAUCGAGGGAUGAUCAUACUUGACCUACGCGUGGAUGAGUCGCUUCUGUAUUCUGGCGCCGCACGACUUCUCGUCAACCGUGUCCAAAAGCUCCGAAAAGGUGCUGGCCUUUGUACCAGCAAUCGCGUGGACGUGCUCUUCACUAUUUCGGAUAAUGAAGGUCGAGAGUUUGUCAGCAAAAUGAUAAACGCUGAGGCUGACUAUAUUAGAGAGUCUUUGGGUUGCUUACCUUCAACUCGAGAUGAUGAAGGUCGUGUCGUGUAUGCUUCAGAUGAGUUUGACAUAUCGCCUGGUCUCAUCAUGACACUAUAUGUUGUGCGACCGUGCAUCAGUACAGAAUCAAUCACAGUUGCUGAAAGCGCCAAUUUGGAUCAAGUGCUUAGUCUUUUAGCGGCGCGUGAGUAUGAAGACGUGAUGAACGAACUAUCGUCCGACGAACAUAAAGAUGUGUUAUUGAACGGCGAAUGUGUGCGCAUAGCUAGUUGUCUUUCCUUGUGA